AUGAGAAUUGGCUUAUUAGGAUCGACUUUGGCGACUGCCGUUGGAGUACUCUCUCAAAUUGUUGAUACAGAAAAAGAGCUCAUUUGUAACAAUCCAAACAACCCUCACGACUGUUACCCGCGCUUGUUUCAACCCACCCACCAGUGGCAAGUGAUCAAGGAAGGCCAGGAUAUACCGCCAGGAUUACACGUUAGACUCAACAUAGAUACCUUAACCAGAGAAGCCAAGAUUAUGGACCCCUCGGAAGACAAUAGCAGCACCAACGAUUUGGUUAUCUCCUCUCCAGUGCAAGAAGAGGAGCAAGAUUUGCAGCAACAAGCAAUUGAUGCCGCCCAUCAUGAGAAGACACAACAAAAGAUCCAAGAAAAAAUCAAGGACUUCCGGAGCAAGGAACGAGCAAAAAGAGUGAAUCGUGAAGACUUGAACAACUAUGAAGGUGCCGUGAGCGAAGUCGAGAAUUUCGAUGGCGACUACUCCAGAUUAGAUCAAGCCUUGGACACGUUGGAAGACUUGAGUCAUGAUAUUGAAUUUGGUGUUAAACUCACCUCCACCACAUUGUUUGAUAAUUUCAGACAGAUCAUUGAUGCUUCCAAUAGUGAGAAACUACAUGAUAAGAUCUACAGAAUCAUGGGUUCGUCUCUUCGUAACAACCCUGACGCAGUUACCAACGCAUUAAACAAUUUAAACAAAGAUUACGUGGUUGAUUUGUUCUCGAAAUUGUCGAACUCUUCUAAAUCUGACGUUAUUCAAAAGCGUAUCCUUGGAAUUAUUCAAGCUUUGGCGCAAAACAACCACUUCGCCUUAAACUACUUCAACAAUGAAAGUGACUCGACAAAUAAGGGUAUCACCUUUUUGAUUCAAGACUUUCCAACUUUGGGCGCCCAAUCAAAGCAAAGGUUAUUGGGCUUAUUUGAAGAUCUUCAGUUAGUUGAUCUUACUAGAAAAGCAAAUGAUAGAAGAUCUGUGGAAAACUCACAGGACCCAGACUAUCAAAUUUCCCAGUACUUGCAAUCGACUUUGGCCGCAAACAAGGCGACUUCUAACGACCAACUCAAGAUCUUUUUCAACCUGUUGAGCGAACUUCACACUAGCAAUAAGAAAUUGAAGCCUUCCAACGAGUACAUGCUCUGGUUGUCGCAGGAAGUUGAGUUAAGAAAAGAAAACAAGAAGAGACAAGACUAUUCUGAAGAAGAUAAGCAAUUCGACGAACAAAUGCUCAAGGCCAGGCACCAAGUCUUUGGAAAUCCUAAUGCCUUGAGAAAAGCCAUGAAUGACGAACUUUAG